ACAAACAGCCACCUAAGGAUGUCUUUCUACAGAAACGCAGUUUGGUUUGUCAAAGGCCUUCAAGAAUACACAAAGAGCGGAUAUGAAGCGGCGGCAAAGCACUUUAAUCCCAAAGACCUGGACGUGAGUCUGAGUGGGAGAUCCUUCGUUAUUACAGGUGCAAAUAGUGGCAUCGGGAAAGCCGCGGCGAAUGAAAUAGCUAAGAGAGGUGGCACAGUGCACCUUGUCUGCAGAAACAAAGAUCGUGCUGAGGAAGCUAGAAAAGACAUUGUGGAGCAAAGUAAAAAUGAGAACAUCUUCGUUCACAUUGUGGACAUGUCCAGUCCAAACCAGGUGUGGGAGUUUGCCAGUACUUUCACACAGAACCAUAGUUUACACGUGCUGAUUAAUAAUGCCGGUUGUAUGGUGAAUCAGAGAGAGCUGACUGAGGAUGGUUUGGAGAAAAAUUUUGCUACCAACACACUCGGCACCUACAUCCUGACAACAGCACUGAUUCCCACUCUGAAGACAGCCCAGGAUCCACGUGUGAUCACGGUGUCGUCGGGAGGCAUGCUGGUACAGAAACUGAAUGUGGACGACCUGCAGUUUGAGAAGGGCACGUUUGAUGGCACCAUGGCGUACGCUCAGAAUAAAAGACAGCAGGUGAUAAUGACAGAGCGGUGGGCCGAACAACAUAAAGAGAUUCAUUUUUCUUCUAUGCACCCUGGAUGGGCAGAUACACCAGCUGUACAGUCAUCAAUGCCAGACUUUCAUGCUAAGAUGAAGAACAAACUGCGGACGGAGGCUCAGGGAGCAGAUACUGUGGUGUGGUUGGCUGUGGCAGAGGCUGUCAGGAAACAUCAGAGCGGCCUGUUCUUUCAAGAUCGGAAACCUGUUGCUACUCACCUUCCCCUGGCCUCCUCCAGGUCCUCUCCCGGUGAUGAGGAGAAACUGAUGAGCAGUCUGGAACAACUGGCCACCAAGUUCAAACCAUCAUCUUAGAGCUCCCGGGUCCUAAAGCCCUCAUAUUAAACUGGAGAAAGAUUUAAGGGCUUUAUGUCUUGUCCAUACCCAGUACGCAGGUUGGAGGUUCUGGUUUGGGUUGGAUAGUAAGACUUUGCUUAACACUUUGGGAGAAUUCUUCUACAGAGGUCUUAAGUGAGGAUAGACAGACUAACAGUGACAAAAUCAACGGUG